AAGGUACAUGAAUAAAAAGAUCAGGAUUUGAAUCCCUCGGGGAACAACAAAUACUAUACUCAGCUGACUUGGCCUCCCUACUCCUAAUUCCUUAAUUAUUUAUUAACUGCAGUUUAAGGGAAAGCAGUCUGGUUCUUAACCAAAAUGCGCAAUUAGCAACACAUCACGUGUUUCGAUCUUCUCUGAAUGCCGCCAGCAAAGCGAAUGAAUAUUCGUCUCCGCAUUAUUUGGGAAGUACGGAUCCAUCCAACGGCGGACGUAAAUCUCCACCACUGUUGGCGCCACACCUGAUUAAUAUACAUUUUUCUUUACCUGCAAGUCUGACGUAAACGAUACUUACGUAAUACUCACUUACCCAAUCGCAUCUUUACACGCUCUUAUAUUAGGGGCCUCUAGCGUAGUACCACGCUCUACGCAACCAAUCAUCGUCGAAUGUAGGAAUUGAAUGAUGGAACGCGGUACAGGUGAUUACUUCCAGGACCCCGACGCGCUUUCUUAAUACGCGGUUUCUGGUUGGGAAGGCUGAUAGAUUAACGGACCAGACGGGACAAAGUGGGGCCCACUGGCAAAGUUUCUGAUUUUUUUCUUGCUUCACUUUGAUGUUUACUAAGUUUCCUCUAUAUUUUAUUUUUAUUUCAUCGACAAAUCAAAUUACUGUUUGUUCAAUUUCAGACCUCACUGAGUGUGUGUGAGGGAGAGAGAGAGAGAGAGAGAGAGAGAGAGAGAAAGAGAGACAGAGAGAGAUGGGGAACUGCUGCUCUGACGCCGGCGGCGGGAUGGCUGCCGUCGGCGGAACCGCCGGCUCCGCCACUUCUGGCGGCGCGAACGAUGCCGUGGAUUACUUCCUGAAGUCUCGCGGCUACAGCGGUCUCUUCUCUCAGAUCGAGUUAUCUUUUUCUGCAACAGAUUUGCGUGACACAGAUGUGUUUUCCAAGAGUGAUCCAAUGCUGGUGGUUUAUACAAAAGGAAAAUAUGGGACACUUACAGAAGUAUGUCGUACUGAAGUCAUUCGCAAUUCGUUGAAUCCUACAUGGAUAACAAAACAAACAAUGUCUUUUCAGUUUGAGACUGUCCAAACUUUGUUGUUUGCUGUCUAUGAUAUUGAUACUCAGUUUCAGGAUGUAGAAGUGAAGAUGCUUAAGUUGGAUGAGCAGCAGUAUCUUGGUGAUGCAAUCUGUACGUUGUCUGAGAUUGUCACAAAACCAAACCAGACAUUAACUUUAGAUCUUGUACAUAGAAAAGAUACAUUGGGUAGGCACCAACACUGUGGAAAGCUUACUGUCCAUGCUGAGGAGUCCAUUAGUUCGAAGACAACAACAGAGAUAAUAUUUAGGUGUAUGGAUUUGGAAUUGAAGGAUCUUUUCUCAAGAAGUGAUCCGUUCUUGGUGAUUUCAAAACUCGUGGAAAGUGGGAUUCAAAUCCCUGUGUGCAGAACUGAAGUUUUAAAAAAUGAACUCAGACCAACAUGGAAGCCUGUGUUUUUAACUGUACAACAAGUUGGAAGCAAGGACACUCCGUUGAUAAUUGAGUGCUUUAACUUCAAUAGCAAUGGCAAGCAUGAUCUAAUUGGAAAGGUGCAGAAAUCACUUGCGAACUUGGAAAAGCUUCAUUUGAGCAGUCAAGGAGAAAAUUUAUUUUUACCAACAGCUGGUGGCCAUAACCAUCAACACAAAAUAUUGAAGAGCCAGCUAUUUGUAAACAAGUUUUCUGAGAGUAUUCAAUACACUUUCCUGGAUUACGUGGCUGCAGGUUUUGAAAUGAACUUCAUGGUGGCUGUUGAUUUCACAGCUUCAAAUGGAAAUCCCCGCCUUCCUGAUUCAUUGCAUUAUAUUGAUCCGUCAGGACGGCCAAAUGCCUACCAGAGAGCAAUCUUGGAGGUUGGAGAGGUGUUGCAGUUUUAUGAUUCGGACAAACGCUUUCCAGCAUGGGGUUUUGGAGCACGACCAAUUGAUGGCCCAGUUUCACAUUGUUUUAAUUUGAAUGGGAGCAGUAAUUACAGUGAGGUAGAUGGUAUUCAAGGAAUUUUGACGGCAUAUAUGAGUGCCCUCUUGAAUGUCUCUCUUGCAGGGCCGACACUUUUUGGACCUGUGAUUAGCAGUGCUGCAGCAAAUGCCAGCCAGUCUCUUGCAUGCGAUGGACGAAAAUACUAUGUUUUGUUGAUAAUCACGGAUGGAGUAGUAACAGAUCUUCAAGAGACCAAAGACGCCCUGGUAAAGGCAUCUGACCUACCAUUGUCAAUCCUAAUUGUUGGUGUUGGGGGAGCUGACUUUAAAGAAAUGGAGAUUUUAGAUGCAGAUAAGGGAGAAAGACUUGAAAGUUCGAGCGGCCGUGUUGCUUCACGUGAUAUAGUUCAGUUUGUUCCAUUUAGGGAAGUCCAGAGUGGAGAAAUUUCUGUUGUGCAAGCACUUCUGGCAGAAUUGCCAACUCAAUUUUUAACCUACAUGAGAAGUAGAAAUAUUGAACCAGAUACUUGAUCAUCUGAAAGGGCAAGUUUGCAUUGCAGCAACAUCAUCCUCAUCAUGGCUAUCAAUCUUGGCACAUAAGCGAGUAGAACGUGUCCGCAUAUUCACAAUAACAUGUGAUGUGAGCCAUAGAUUUUAUCAUGUCAAGUCAACGAGGCUGCGGACUUGUUAUCCAUAAUCACAAGGGUCACACUAGAGUUUAUCAAUACAAGAUUGCCAGCAUCACACGGUUUUCGGUGGGACUGGAUUGAGACCAGAUGUAGACUAUAGUGAUUCGGUCAAGAUUCUAGAUGAAGGCAAAAAACAUAAUCUCAUUGUUCUCCUCUUAUGGUUUAUAGUUUUGGCAAGUGAAGAAAAAUCCAACGGGUAUUUGUUUAUCUCCCCUCUAUUUUGUUCA